UCAAUUCAAGUAUUCAACAAUUCACUUUACAUAUUCUUUCCAACAAAUUAAAUAAACGCAGUGAGAGUGAGAUUGCGAAACAGAGAUCUAGAUGGCUUUUGUUGCUUUAUCUUCUCUCAUCUCAACCAUUGAGCUUCAGUUUCUGCAACCCACCCCAAGGGUGUCACUACUUCAUCAUGAUGAUCUUGAGGCACCAAUCAAAUCCUUGUUUGAAAGCCUUUCUUCUUUGCAAACCUUUCUCCAACACAAAUCCAGCAGUAAUGGUGAUGGUGGUGCACUCAGAGAUUUAGAAAUCCAAAUCAGAGACUUUGCACUCAAAUUUGAAGAUGACAUCGAAAUACAACUUAGCAACUUUCUUCUAGCCAAACACACCGAACAUGAAGAAGAAUUCGAAGAAGAAGCUUCCCAGGAACUCCGUCAAACCUUGCGAAAAGCAGACGAAAUUGCGGCAGGGUUGCUCCAGAUUAUCAACAAAGAAAAAGAGCACGAGAGAGAGAGGGAGAUGACUUGUGCUGCUUUAACUUCUCUAAGAGCAAGAAUUGAUGAAAUGGAGUUUUCAAUGGCGUCCCUUCGUGAUAAAGUGGUAAUGGAAUCUUUGUAUGAAAACCUUUCUUCUUUGCAAGCCUUUCUGGUGGAGGAAUCUAGUGGUGGUGCUACAACCAAAGAUUUGAAAACUAAAAUCAUAGAUUUUGCACAAAAAGCCAAACACAUCCAAAUACAACUAACCAACUUUUUUCAAGCCAAGCACACAAAGUCUCAGGAAAAGCCUCCUUGCUGCAGAGAACUCCAUCAAGCCUUGCAAGAAGCAACACAACUGUUGGAGAUUAUAACCAAACAAAAAGAGUAUCAUCAAAUUGCGAGACAGAUUGCUCUUGUUCCUUUAGCUAAUUUCAUGGCAAUAUUUCAUUACUACUUUUUUCAAUCCAAUCCAGUAGUGUUUCUUGAUGAUGAAACAGUAAUAAUAUCCUUGUAUGAAAACCUUUCUUCUUUGCAAGCCUUACUGCAGCAGGAGUCUAGUGGUGGUGCUGUAAUAAAUGAUUUGGAAACUGUAAUCCAAAACUUUGUAUUCAAGGCUGAAGGUGACAUUCAAACAGUAGUAAACAAUUUACUUGGGGCCGAAGACACAGAAGAAUAUCAAGAAAAAGCUUCCCAACUCAACCAAACCUUGCAAGAAGCAGCUGAAAAUGUAGCAGAGUUGUUAAUGAUUAUCAACAGCGAAAAAGAAAGUGAUGCUGAGAUACAGAUGGCUUUGGUUGCUUUAAGUAGUCUCAUGGGAACAAUUGAGCAGGGAUUUCUUGACGAUGAAGCAGUAACCAAAUCUUUCUGUGAUAAGAUUUCAUCUUUGCAAGCCUUUUUGCAAAAGGAGUCCAGUGGUGGUGGUGCAGUGAAAGAUUUGGAAACUGAAAUCAAAGACUUUGCACUUAAAGCUGGAAAUGACAUCGCCAUACAACUAAACAAUUUUCUUCAGGCCAAAGACACAGAGUAUGAAGAAAAAGUUACCCAGGAACUCCAUCACACCACACAUGAAGCAGCGGAAAGUGCAGCAGAGUUGUUGAACAUAAUCAAUGAAGUUGAUGAGGCAUAUGAAACUCAACCAACAAAUACUUGGUUAAAGCAUGCUGCUUCUAAGUCUGUGAAUGUUGAGUCUGAUGAAUCCUCACAUGGCUUUCUAAAGCCUGAGGGCAGAAUGGUUGGUCGUCGCCAUGAUUGUAGAGUGAUAAAGGACCAACUCUUUUCCCCUUCUGAACUAAACAUAAUUUCAAUUGUUGGAAUGGUAGGUAUUGGAAAGACUACUGUAGCAAGAAAUGUGUAUGAAGAUCCAUCAGUUGCAUCGCAUUUCGAUGUAAGAGCUUGGGUUACUAUUCCUCCUCCUCAACACUACAAUAAGAGCAGAAUGCUAAGUGACCUUCUUCAGUCAAUUACACCAGCGGGGCCAAUUGAAAUGGAAAAGGGAAGCACUCCAGAUGAACUAGAAAUGCAGGUACGCGAAUGCUUACGUGGUAGGAGGUAUUUAAUUGUUUUGGACAACACUUUGAGCAAUCAAGCUUAUAUUGACAUCAGAGAGUGCAUUCCUGAAGUUGAAGUUGGAAGUUGCAUAUUACUAACCACUUCUAUAAGGGACUUCAUCCAAUAUAACUAUUCCUACAACUAUAUCCAUAACAUGACUUUGCUAGAUCCAAAAGAAAGUUGGGAACUAUUUUGUAAUAUCCUUUCUAUUGAAGAACACUUGGCCCCUAAAUUUGAAAAAAUUAGGAACCAUGUUGUGGAGAAAUGUGAUGGGUUGCCGCAGUUAAUUGUUGAAGUUGCAAAGCGUUUAUCUGGAUGCAACAACAUACAACAACAAUGGAAGAAGAUUGAAAAGGAAUUAGAGUCAUUGGGACUUCUAGAUCGCAAUGCACUCUUGGUCAAUUACAAUUCGUUGCCACAUCAUUUGAAAGUUUGCUUUCUAUAUUUUGGAGUCUUCCCAAAACGAAAUAAAGUUCUAGUUAAAAUGCUUAUAAGGUUGUGGAUUGCUGAGGGUUUUGUGAAGCCAUUGGAACAUAAGGAGUUAGAAGAUCAAGCUUAUGAGUACUUAGAAGAGCUUAUUGAUAGAAGCCUUCUCUUAAUUGAAGAUCAAAGUUUUGAAGGCAAAAUCAAGACUUGUAGAAUGCAUAGUGCCUUGCAUAGCUUUUGCGUAGGAGAAGCUCAAAGAGAAGGUAUUUUGUGUACAAUAAAUACUCAACAACAUCCAAGGUUGCCAUUAAAAGAGUUUGCAAAUUCCUGUCGUUGGCUAAGUUUUUACUCACAUAGUUUUGACUAUUAUGUGCUCUUUGGUACAAACAUCCCUCGCUCCAUUUUCUUCUUCCAUAAAAAUCCUAAAAUGUUUGUUCCUCUCAAGUUGUUAAGAGUUUUGGCAUUUGAUACUUCUAUGUCACUUCAAAGAGUGCCAAUGCAAUUAAGGGAUUUAGUUUUCCUGAGAUACCUAUCCAUAACACAAUGGUUCGAUGAUCUGAAUGAUGUAGUGUCAAACAAUCCAAAUUUGCAAACACUUGUUGUUUCCAGUAACGGAGCACCAAUAGUCCAUUUGCCAUCCAAUAUUUGGGAGGCACCACCGUUAAGGCAUCUUGAACUUGGCAAUUCAUACAUGUUGGAUCCUCCAAGCAUGGUUAAAGAGAAUUUGCAAUCAUUAUCUUGUGUGAUGAGACCAAUUCAUUGCAGAAAGAAAGUGUAUGAUCAGAUGCCUAACAUAAAAAAGCUGAAAAUUUUCUUGAAUGGUGACAUAGGGCCCAGUCACACUCGUGGAUCUUGCAGCAACCCCAUUAUUUUGGAUAAUUUUGACCAUUUGAAAGGGCUUGAGAAGCUUGGCAUUUCGGUUUCUAUUGGUUGCAAUGCAGCCCUUCCAGAACAGUGUAUGUAUCCUUCAGGACUGAAGAAGUUGAAGUUGAGUGGAACCAAUAUUUCUGUGAGAGAUUUAAAUGUAAUAGCCAUGUUACCCCAACUUAUGGUGCUCAAGUUGGAAAAUUCCUUCCAUGGAACAGUAUGGGAAGUAGCUGAUGGAGGAUUUCUUCAAUUAAUAUUCUUGCUGCUUGAAGCUAAAGAACUCGAGCAGUGGGUAGUUAGCUGGAAUCCGUUUCCGAUGCUCAGGCACUUAGUCUUAAGAUCCUGUAAUUGUUUGGAACAGAUGCCAAAGAAAUUUUUAGGUUACAAGUUGGAGUCAAUUGAGUUGGAGGGGUGUCACUCUUCCCUUGUUGCUUCUGCCAAGCAGUUUCAAAAGGAAAGAAGAUUAAAAAAUCUUAAGAUCAAAAUUUUGGACCGAAAAUAUGAUGAAUCACAGAAGACACAUACAUAAGUGUCUGUAAGAUGACUUUGGCAGCCUCAUAGUAUAUAACUGUUACGUUUGAAAAUGGAGAAGCUCAGAAAGAAGGUAUUUCAUAUGCAGUAAAUACUCAACAGCAUUCAGAAUUGCCAUUAAAAGUGUUUGCAAAUUCCUGUCGUUGGCUAAGUUUUUACUCACAGAGUUUUGACUAUUAUGUGCUCUUUAGAACAAACAUCUCUCGCUCCAUUUUCAUCUUUCAUUAAAAUCCUCAAAUAUUUGUUCGUCUCAAAGUGUUAAGAGAUUUGGCUUUUGAUACUUCUAUAUUCCUUGUUCCUUCAAAGAGUGUCACUGUAUUUAGGGGAUUUAACUCUUCUAAGAUACCUAUCCAUAACACAAUGGUUUGAGGGUAUGGAUGAUGUAGUGUCAAAUAAUCCAAACUUACAAACACUUGUUGUUUCCAACAAUGAAUCACAGUUUGGAGCAGCAACUGUGCAUUUGCCAUCCAGUAUUUGGGAGGCACCACGGUUAAGGCAUCUUGAACUUGGCAAUUUUUAUAGGGUGUAUCGUUCAAGCAAAGUUAAAGAGAAUUUACAAUCAUUAUCUUGGGUGGUCAGACCAAUUCAUUGCAGAGAGGAGAUGUAUGACAAGUUACCUAACAUUAAAAAAAAAAAAAAAAAAAAAAAAAAACUGAAAAUUUUCCUGAAAGAUGAGUUAGAGGCCAGUCACACUUGUGGAUUUUGCCGCAAUUCCAUUGUUUUGGAUUAUCUUGACUAUUUAAUUUGAAACAACUUGAGAAGCUAACUAUUUCAGUUUCGGUUGGCUGUGCUGUAACCCUUACAGAAAGGUCUAGGUUUCCUUCACAAUUAAAAAAGUAGACGUUGAGUGAGACUAAUCUUUCUAAAAGGGAUUUGGUUGUGAUUGGUAUGUUGCUCCAACUUGUGGUGCUCAAGUUAGAAAGUGCCUUCCAUGAAGCAGUAUGGGAAUUAUCUAACAGAGGAUUCCAUAGAUUAAGAUUGUUGUUGCUUGAAAAAAAAAAAAAAAAAAAAUGAAGUGGUGGGAAUUGAAGCCUGCCGUAAUCACUUUGCAAUGCUUGAGCACUUAAUCUUAAGAUUCUGUAAUCAUUUGGUUGAUAUCCCUCUGGGGUUUGCAGAUAUUCUCACCCUGAAAUCAAUUGAGUUGGAGGAAUGCCAAACGAAUUCAAGAAGAGCAACAGGAUUGUGGAACCGAUAUUUUAGCGGUCAAAAUCCCGGGCACUGUAUAUGAUGAAUCACAGAGUACAAAGACACAAGUGAAUUUCUUAGAGUGAAUUUCUGGUAAUGUACUGUUGUUACAAAUGAUACAUGGACUCCUGCUUUCAAAUCAUGUAGUCUGUUUUCAGAUACAUUUCUGCCAAUUAUUGCUGUACUUGGUUUUGUCACUAUAGUAUUGUCAAGGUCUCAAGGAAAUGGGAAGCUGCAAGUGCUCAAGUAUUGAAGAUCUAGAGGUGAUUAAAGAUGAUUUGGAGCCCUAUGUCACUUGUAGAUCGGGAAGGGCUGCAUCCAUUACGAUGAAGAAUGUUUGAGAUUAAAAUCAUCAGGCUUGAAUAUGAGGAAUCACCGUAUCCACAUGUAGAAGAUGACUUGACAAAGCUCACAGUGAAUUUACUGCUUUUUGAAAAAUGGGCAUUAAGGAUAAACUUCCUCAAUCCCAGAUAAUAGAAAGAUGCAGUAUGAUGGGACCCGGUUUUGUGAAUAUAGUACUCCCAAGGCAAUGGAUAGCUGAAUAGUGCUAUUGCAGAGUAUCCAACAUAUGCUAAUAGAAUGCUUCCUGCCAUUGGUGAAACCCCCUGUUGCCAGUAUGCUUGAGUUAACUAAUUUUGAUGCUUUCCAAAGGAUUCAUGUUUGUGGCUGUAGCAGGCAAGUUUAUCAUCCAUCUGGUGCCUUUAUGAGAAGAUGAUAUGACUAUAUGACUUUACAUCUAGCUUUCUUUUCUGUUUUGCAAUUGAUUUCUGUUUGCAGAUUGAUUUUGUUUACAGAUUGAUGUGGUAAUUGAAUGUGUUGCAGAAAAUUUUCGAUCUAUUCAUGAUUAUCAUGAUUUUUUGGCUA